AUGUUCGUUCUCUGUCGCAAGAUUUCAUCCUACUACAAACGGGAACCAACCACCCAGACCACACAGCCCGGCCAGAGUCCCCAGCUGGAUGGGGAGCGCAUGUGCUGGAUUUGUCUGAGCGGCGACGAGGAGCUCCCGCCUCGCAUCGAUUGGCUGCAUCCGUGCCGCUGCCGUGGCGGCAACAAAUGGGUUCACCGCGCCUGCCUGAAUCGAUGGAUCGAUGAGAAGCAGCUGCAACAUCCGGAGAUGCGGGUCGCCUGCACCCAGUGCCGCACAGAGUACAUUAUUGUGACGCCUCCGCUCAACGCGUUCUAUACGCUGCUGCACCGGCUGGACCAGCUAUACGAUACGUUGUGUCCGGCCGUUAUGAUGGGCACCCUCUCGGCGGGUCUCUACUUUGCGGCGAUGACCUUCGGUGCCCUGACCCUCAUGCAGAUCUUUGGCUACCGCGUCAGCCUGACGCUAUUGAGGGACGAGCCCACCACACUGAUGAUCGCCCUGCCCACGAUCCCCGCUGUGCUGCUGCUGCUGCGCAACUUCCCGUGGGACGAUCACCUGAUUCGCUUGUGGCGCCGCCUACGCGGUCCCCGCCCGGCUGUGCCGCGUGCAGAUUUGGAUGAAGACGGCGAGCUUCCGCCCGGCGCUCCGCUCGACGAACAGUACUACAUGCCUGAGCCAGCCGAUCGUCCGGGCAUGGACUUGCUGCAGCAGGGGGGCAUCGGCAUCUUUAACAACGAUGGCAUCGCGAAUGCUUCCAGCGGCUUCAUUGUGGCCCUCAGUCUGCCCAGCUUUGCCGUGCUGCUGGGCCGCACACUGUACGCGAGGUUGAACAACAAGCUGCUGGGCAUCGUUUUGGGCGGUCUGACCUUCUUGGGCAUCAAGGGACUGGCCAGAGCCUAUCUGCGCCACUCAAAUCUGCAGCGUCGCCGAGGGCGUUACGUUCUCGAUUACAUUCCGUUGCAUGUGCAGAGCUACGCCUCGCUGCGUGGAUUGGCCAGUCACAAUAUUCCCAACACACGCUAGAAGAAACGCAUCCCAUGCCCCCCACACACCCACACACA